AUGGAAACCCAGAUGCUGCAGCCACUGACCCCCUGCCUAUCCUUCCAGACACUACAGCAUCACCCUGUCUCCAGGCACUGGGGACAUGGCAUUGCUGCUGGCAGCCAGAAGGGUGACCAUGUCUCACUGUCUUCAUUUCUUGCAGGCUGCUGGGCAGUGACGGGCCCCGGGUCAGUGCGCGGCCGCCCGGGCGGGUCGGUGACUGUGGAGUGCGGGUAUGAGGAGGGCGAUGAGAAGAAAUCGAAGUACUGGUGCCGGGAAGAAACAGGGAUUAGAAUAGGGUACUGUUCCAGCGCUCACGUAGUUGAGACCAGAGGGUCGGAGACCGAGGUGACGCGGAGCAGAUUCUCCAUCCGAGACAAUCGCACCCGACGCGUGUUCACUGUGACCGUGGAGAACCUGACGCUGGCCGACGCCGGCAAGUACCAGUGCGGGGUAGAGACGACUUCGCUGCUUUCUGAUUGCAGGCACACUGUGUCGGUCUCCGUCUCCCCAGGCUGCUGGGCCGUGACAGGCCCUGGGGCAGUGCAUGGCCCGCCGGGCGGCUCAGUGUCUGUGCAGUGCCAGUACGGGGCCGACUACGAGCUCUCUCCAAAAUUCUGGUGCAGACGCAAAGUUGUGCUGUGUUUCAAUCACCUCAUCUUUGAGACCACGGGGUCGGAGGCAGAAGAGAAGUGGGGCAGAGUUGCCAUCCGCGACAAUCACACCCAGCGCGUGUUCACAGUAACCCUGGAGAACCUGACGCUGGCGGACGCAGGGACUUACCUCUGCGGGGUAGCCAGGAUUGGUUUACCUAAUCCCAGGGACUCGGUGGAAGUCAUCGUCUCUCCAGGUCUUCCUCUUUCAACCCCAAGGGAAAAGGCCCCUCCAGCAACACACCAGCCAGUGGGGCCUGCCAGCACAGGGAUUCCUACCGCAAGCCACGCAGCCAGCCCAUUGGCAUCCACUACGAACAGCUCUUUGGAUGGCAGGGACAUCCCAGCCCCACUCCAACCCAACAUCCUCUAUUCUCUGUUCCUGAUCAUUCCCAGCUUCCUGUGCAUCAUCUGUACUGCCAUCUGGGUGAGCGUGCGGUGCGGGAGGAACUCCAGGGAGAUGGUGCCAAACAGACAUGCUCAGGAAAUGCUCCUCUUAUAGCUUAGAAAGGGGUCCAAAUUGGAGGAUGAAUGCAUUGGUCUGGCUUCAGGCCUAGUUUUGGAACAUCCCUGCUGAUUUUCUUGGACUUCUCGGUGACUUUCGAUACCAUCGGCCAUGGUAUCCUUCUGGAGCGCCUGGCAGAGCUGGGUAUCAGAGGAGCUGUUUUGCGGUGGUUCCGGGUCUACCUAUCGGAUGCUUUCAGAUGAUGGAGCUAGGGGGCUGCUGCUUGACCCUGUGGUGAUUGUGCUAUGGGGUCCCAUAAGGUCACAUCUCAUCCCCUCUGUUGUUUAACAUCUACAUGAAACUACUGGGCAAGGUCAUAAGGAGAUUUGGAGAACUGUGCCAUCAAUAAGCAGAUGACACACAACUCUAUUUCUGUGACAUCAUAUCCAUG